AUGGACAAGAUGGUGAGCAAGAUCAAGAAGUUUGGAGAAGAAGGUUUCUGGUUCUUCAAGCAAGAAGAAGAAGUCACCCAAGGCCCCCACUUCCCUAGGAGUAGGUCACUCCUCACCACUCCAAGGAGGCUCCCUGCCCAAGAGCCUCACAGAGCCUCUUCUUUCGAGCCAAGAGAAGGAGAGGACAACACGCAGAGAAGGAGGAAGACGUCCAAGGCCAGACGCUCCAGCUCGACCACCGGACUCGAUCGAGUCCAAACAGAGGAAACUCAACUCGAUCGAGCUGAGGGUCGAGUUGACCUGGAGGAGCCCCUGUUUGAGAAUCCUGGAUUCGAGUACGAUCAAACGCAGUACCAGGACUUCUCCCAGACCAACUGGACCCCUACAACAGCUUCGAGCAAGCACAGCUCCUCCAAGGCCAAGGGAGCCACACACAUUUCGAGAUGA